UCAAACACGUCUAAUGUCCCAUUAACAACAGCUACCCUUUCUCCGAGUUCCCACUACAAGUAUAAGUCAUAAAUUCUGAACCUGUUCCCACUUCAACUUCCCCUUAUAUUCUUCUCUUCUGUCUUUCUCUUGUUAACCACCAACCCAAAAACACUAGUGAAAAAAUAACAAGGUGACAAUCAUAUUGUUAUAUACAAGUAUAACUUCUAAAGAAAAAAAAACAUGAAACAUCAAGAACAUAGAUCAGAAACUCACUAUGAUCUUCACUCAGUUCACAAAACCUCUGCCUCAAAAAUCAUGAAGAUGAAAUCAUUAGCCGCAUUAGCACCCUCAGGUCCUCCACAACCAAAGGUUUACAAGGUGAAACCGAUCCAUUUUCGCGAACUUGUACAAAAACUCACGGGAGCACAACCUCAAUUGUUAAUAAAUCAGGCAACGUCUCAGCAGCCGCCGCGCUAUAGGCGUAGCAACCUUCAGAGUGUUGCUCCGCCACCGUUGCCGAUUCAUCCUCAUCAACUUCAACUUCAACUUCAAACUGAUCAAAACAAGUUAUCAGAUAAAAAACAAGUAUCUUGUAAAGUAGAACAAGAUCAGAAAUCGUUUUCGGAUAAAAAGAUGCAAGAUGGUGUAGGUACAACUGAACUUAUUUUGUCACCGAAUUUUCAAGCUUGGUUUUCUUUUGCUAUGAUGAGUCCUGGAGCAGCUAAUAUAUCUCAGAUGGAGCAGAAAUCAUUUCUCUGAUUAAUAUUGAUGUAUUCGUAAUUUCAUAUAGGUUUUUUUUUUUUUCACCUGAUGUACUAUAAUCCUCUGUUUUCUUAUAAUCCUUUUUUUUUUGGUUUUCUUGACCAAUUUGCUUACACAAGUUAAUCAUUAGUACAACUUGUUCCUAUAUUACCAAUUUUUGUUUAACUGAAUAAAACUCAAAAUGAAAACGAAGACUAUGGCUUCGUCUUUUUUACCUA